AUGGCAGACCGAUCUAGAGACCCCAAAAACAUUCAAGCAUGGCUCGUCGGCAGCGGCAUUGAAUCCCUCGCUGCGGCCGUGCACUUGAUUCAUGAUUCAAAGGUCCCCGGGCCGAACAUCCACAUCCUCGAUCUCCACGAGGGCUGUGGAGGGCGUAUGAAGACCUUUGGAGACGCAACAGAUGGUUACUUUCUCCCUGUUGAAUGUCACCCGCACUUCCACGGCCCUUGCACCGAACGGUUCCUCUCGCUAGUUCCUAGCGAUGAUCCAGAAUACUCCUCCAUCAUGCAGGCGGUUCGUGCCUUUAGCGAAGAGCAAUCGGCCUCUGCGACUCCCAAGAUCAAGCAUGGCAUCCAGCUGGAUCUCAAGCACCGGAUGGACCUGAUCUGGUUUCUGAUGGAGAGCGAGCACGCGCUGGGAUCCAAGAGUAUCAACCAGGUGUUUGACAUGGCUUUUUUCCAGACUGACUUUUGGACGCUCUGGUCAACGACAUUCGGCCUGCAACCCUGGCACAGCGCCGUCGAAUUCCACCGUCAUCUGCGCAAAUACCUGGACGAUAUCCAGUCCCUCCACAGCAUCAGAUCCAUCCACCGCACCAAGUUCAAUCUCUACGACUCUCUCAUCCGCCCUCUCACCACCCACCUCCAGUCCCAAGGCGUCGACUUUCGCUUCCAGAUCGAGGUCACCAACCUCGAAACCUACCCAGCCAGCGAUCCGACCACCGUUUCGGCCAUUCACCUCCGCCAGGACACCCACGAGUAUCUCGUCACUCUCGACCCGCAGGACGUCUGCAUCGUCACGCUGGGCUCAACCACCACCAGCGCCGCAAUGGGCACCAACACCAGCCCGCCCCCGCCUCUCUCCCACAACUGGGAAGCCCACCUGAUCAGCGAAUGGGGCCUCUGGCAGACCCUGGCCAAACAGGCCCCCAAAUUCGGCGAUCCGGCCUUCUUCCUCUCCCGCGCCGUGCAGGCCACCGUCGAAACCUUCACCACGACCCUCCGCGGCCGCGACUUCCUGGACCUCUACGACGACUUCACCCGCGAGCAUGGCGAAGCCCGGCCGGGCUGGAGCACCUGGCUCCCCCUCAAGAAAAGCACCUGGGCCCUCUCGCUGAAUCUGCCCCCGCAGCCCGUCUUCCCGGACCAACCGGACGAUACCUACGUCUUACUAGGCUACGCACUCAACCCGGCCGGCGAGGGCAAUAGCAUCCGCAAGCCCAUGUACGAGUGCUCCGGGCGCGAGGUCUUCGAAGAGGUCCUCGGGCAUCUGGGAAUCACCAAGUCUUCGGUUUUGGAGGGUUCGGUGACGGUCCCGUGUGGAUUGCCGCUCGGCACGGCGCCGUUCGUGGCGCGCAGGAAGGGCGACAGGCCGAGGGUCAUUCCGCCGGAUACGACCAAUAUUGCCUGUGUGGGACAGUUUGUGGAGAUGGACGAGGAUACGACUUUGUCGAUGGAGUAUAGUGUGAGGUCUGCGCAGGUGGCUGUGUCAGGCUUGAUGGGGACGGGGAUGACCACGGGGAGGAUCAAGAAGAAUGUCUUGUGGGAGGUGUUUGAUCUGAUCAAGGCUUAG